AUGGUUGUCUGUAAAUUUUUUCACCAAGGAUAUUGUCGGUUUGGGCAGAGUUGCAGAUUUGAACAUGUUUAUGGUUCAAAGUAUUCAUAUCGAGCUCCACAAACUCAAAAUCAAAACUCUAAUACUGGAAAUCAAAACGGUUUUGGGAGUAAUGCAUCAUCAUUAUUUCGAAGUGCUGUACAAAAUACAGCUACAUAUAAUAAUGCUGCUAAUAAUUCUGCUUUCGUGCAGAAUCCACCAAGAGUGUCUGUUUUUAACAGACUAGGUGAACAAAAUUCAAAUUUUAAUCAAAAUAAUCAGGCAAGGUCCAUAUUCGCACAAGCAAAUCAAAAUGUUUUUCAAGAUAGUCAACCAACAAAUGUAUUUCAAACUCAGAAUCAGGCAAAAUCAAUUUUUUCACAAGCUACACAAAACGUUUUUGGUUCACAAACUAACUUUGCAGCUCAAAAUAAUGCAGCUAAUUUAUUUGCAAGUGCGGCACAAAAAGUAUCACAGAAUAAUGUGUUUGACUCACAGAUGAGUUCUUCUCCGAUGAUAACUAACAAUAUUUCUCAAACAUCAGAAAGACCAACAUCCAAUGUAUUCGGUGUAGUUUCUAGUAAUUUUGAUCAAAAUUAUAAUAAUGAAGAUACAUUAUAUUAUAGCAAAUUAGAAGAUUUGUCUGCAGAUGCAAUAGAAGCUUUUAACAGUGCAGAUUUUAAGUUAGGUUAUAUACCAGAACUGCCACCACCUAAGUCUUUAUGUAUA